AUGCCAGUGGAACGAUGUUAUCUCCAUGGGAAACAUUCGUAUAUCGAUACUGAGUUUAUGGCCCAGGUUGCAGCGGCGUGUCUGGCAGAUCAAAUGGUGCAAAAUGAGAUCGAGACUUUGGGGCUGCCUGAGGGUGCGACAGUAGUUGUCGAACCGUGGAAAUAUGCCACGGACGUCAUGAUAGACAUGAAAGACCGAUGGACCAUGGUAGUGAGAAUUUACCGUUUGCCUUCUGGAGAGCAUGAGAAGAUCAGCAAUGUGUCGAAAGAGUUUGAUCGGGCAAAGGCUCAUUCAGGCAGCGAGUAUCAUCCGGAUCUGGUCGAAGAACGUAGGACAACGACGAGACCCUACAAUAUUACCCAGCCGGAAAGCCCAUCGUUCAAUAUCGACGGAAACCAUGUCACCUGGGAAAAGUGGGCUUUGCGAGUUGGUUUCAACUACAGGGAAGGCAUGACGCUGCACGAUGUGCAUUUCGUAGGCCGCAGUCUGUUUUACCGCCUAUCUCUUGCCGAGAUGUUUGUGCCAUACGGCGACCCUCGAUUCCCUUAUCCGCGAAAAGCGGCUUUCGAUCUAGGGAACGACGGUGCGGGAAUCAAUGCCAAUAACCUCAAGUUAGGUUGUGACUGCCUGGGCCACAUCAAGUACUUUGACGGAUGGCUAAGUACAUCUGCUGGUGAACCGUUGAAGAUGCCCAACGUCAUCUGCUGUCACGAGGUCGACGAUGGUAUCUUGUGGAAGCAUACAAACUUUCGAACUGGCAAUGCUGUUGUGGCCAGCAAUUAUGAUUACAUCUUCCUCUUCUACUUCCAGCAGGAUGGAUCCAUAUUCUACGAAGUUCGUGCCACGGGGAUAAUGUCCACAGCACCUAUCGAUCUCGACACAAAGACUCACCCAAUGCCUUUCACUGGAGAAUCGGACAACUCUAAUCCAUUCGGCGUGGGAUUCGUCACCAAGUCAGACCCCAUUGAAAAAGAAGUUGGUGUUGAUUUGGACUUCAACACCAACCGAACCUUUAAAAAUUGUCAACGAAAGCGUGAUCAACUCAACGACUGCUCCUGGCAUGGAAAGCGUGCAGAGUACGCCGCGCAUGCGGUCUGGGUGACACGUUACCGGGAUGACGAGCUUUUCCCAGCAGGAAAGUUCACUAUGCAGUCAACCGGCGGGGACGGUAUUGCAUCCUGGAUCCAGCAGCGCGAGAGGGAUGGGGAGUCUGUGGUACAGAAUGAAGAUAUCGUGGUUUGGCAUACUUUCGGCUCAACUCAUAACCCGCGCAGCGAGGACUGGCCGGUCGUUCCGUGUGAAAAGAUAGUAGUAGGCUUGAAGCCAGUCAACUUCUUCAAGGGAAAUCCUGCUUCAGAUGUACCGAUCUCGUCGCAGGAACAGAAACGGAGCGUUCUUGUAUCCAGCGGAUGUCAAAACGAAUAG